CUAUGUCUUGUGGGUGGGAAAAAACCGAGUGGGCUUGGCGUUCCCAGCUAUUCCGCGGCUCCGGGACUUGGAGCGAUCGCUGAGUCAGACACUUGUAUUAGCUUUUGCAGAAGAGAAAUGGAGGGGCCAUAGAACCUUAAGAUGAAUUCAGGGAGACCUGAGACCAUGGAAAACUUGCCGGCGCUCUACACAAUUUUCCAAGGAGAGGUUGCUAUGGUGACAGACUAUGGAGCCUUUAUCAAAAUCCCAGGAUGUCGGAAGCAAGGUCUGGUCCAUCGAACGCACAUGUCAUCCUGUCGGGUUGAUAAGCCCUCUGAGAUAGUAGAUGUUGGAGACAAAGUGUGGGUGAAGCUUAUUGGCCGUGAGAUGAAAAAUGAUAGGAUAAAAGUAUCCCUCUCCAUGAAAGUUGUCAACCAAGGGACUGGGAAAGACCUUGAUCCCAACAACGUUAUCAUUGAGCAAGAAGAGAGGCGGAGACGGUCCUUCCAGGAUUACACAGGGCAGAAGAUCACCCUCGAGGCUGUCUUGAACACGACCUGCAAGAAGUGUGGCUGUAAAGGCCACUUUGCAAAGGAUUGUUUCAUGCAGCCAGGUGGAACCAAAUAUGCUCUCAUACCUGAUGAAGAGGAGGAGAAAGAAGAAGCAAAGUCAGCAGAAUUUGAGAAACCGGAUCCCACCAAGAAUUCCUCCAGAAAAAGAAAGAAGGAAAAGAAAAAAAAGAAACAUCGAGACAGGAAGUCGUCUGACUCUGACAGCUCGGACUCGGACAGUGAUACUGGCAAGAGGGCACGGCAUGCAUCAAAAGACGGCAAAACAUCAAAGAAGAAGAAGAAGAAGAAGAAGCAUAAGAAGAAGCACAAGGAGUGAGCAGAGGACACGUGGGGGUGGGGAGAGAAUGGGGAGCCAGGAGCAUCGGGCUUGAAGCCCUGCCUCCUGGAAAGACUCUGUGGUGAGAAGGUGGUCUCCCACCCAUUGACUUCUCCUGGAAAUGGCUUCUUCAUGCAGCAGGCAGAUUUGGGAGCUAGAGGCCAAAGGCAGAUGCCUGAAUUGAG